GGAGCUGGAGCUAGAGUCAGAGUCGGCGGUUGCAGUGGAGGCGGUGAUGUCGGUGCAGGUUGUGUCAGCAGCCGCUGCCGCCAAGGUGCCUGAGGUGGAGCUGAAGGAUCUGAGCCCCUCUGAGGUGGAGCCCCAGUUAGGACUGAGCACGGCGACCGUGGGCGCCAUGGUACCCCCAGCGGGUGGCGGGGACCCAGAGGCUCCAGCUCCAGCUCCCGCGGCAGAGCGGCCCCCGGCCCCUGGCCCGGGCUCGGGGCCCACCGCGGCUCUCAGCCCUGCGGCAGGGAAGGUCCCUCAAGCGUCGGCCAUGAAGCGGAGCGACCCUCAUCACCAGCACCAGCGGCAUCGCGACGGCGGCGAGGCCCUGGUCAGCCCCGACGGCACGGUCACCGAGGCGCCGCGCACGGUCAAGAAGAUUCAGUUUGCUGACCAGAAGCAGGAAUUCAACAAACGUCCCACCAAAAUUGGACGUCGCUCUUUGUCUCGUUCCAUCUCUCAGUCAUCUACCGACAGCUACAGCUCAGCUGCCUCAUACACAGAUAGCUCUGACGAUGAGACAUCCCCCAGGGACAAGCAGCAAAAGAACUCUAAGGGGAGUAGCGACUUCUGUGUCAAGAACAUCAAACAAGCAGAGUUUGGACGCAGAGAGAUUGAAAUUGCUGAGCAAGAGAUGCCUGCCUUGAUGGCUUUAAGGAAGAGAGCCCAAGGAGAAAAGCCUUUGGCUGGAGCCAAAAUCGUGGGUUGUACGCACAUCACUGCUCAGACGGCUGUACUUAUGGAGACUCUGGGUGCUCUGGGGGCACAGUGCCGAUGGGCUGCCUGCAACAUCUACUCCACUCUCAAUGAAGUGGCUGCUGCUCUCGCAGAAAGUGGGUUUCCCGUCUUUGCCUGGAAAGGAGAGUCAGAAGAUGACUUUUGGUGGUGCAUUGACAGAUGCGUGAAUGUGGAAGGCUGGCAGCCAAACAUGAUCUUGGAUGAUGGAGGAGAUCUUACUCACUGGAUUUAUAAGAAGUAUCCCAACAUGUUUAAGAAAAUCAAAGGCAUAGUUGAGGAGAGUGUUACUGGAGUCCAUAGGCUGUACCAACUGUCCAAAGCUGGGAAGCUGUGUGUUCCAGCCAUGAACGUCAAUGACUCAGUCACUAAACAGAAAUUUGAUAACCUCUACUGUUGCCGUGAAUCUAUCCUUGACGGACUUAAAAGGACAACAGAUAUGAUGUUUGGUGGAAAGCAAGUGGUGGUCUGUGGCUAUGGAGAGGUAGGAAAGGGGUGCUGUGCUGCUCUGAAAGCCAUGGGUUCCGUCGUGUACGUAACUGAAAUUGAUCCCAUCUGUGCCCUGCAAGCCUGUAUGGAUGGAUUUCGACUAGUGAAGCUAAAUGAAGUCAUCCGGCAAGUGGACAUUGUUAUUACUUGUACAGGGAACAAGAACGUGGUAACCAGAGAGCACUUGGACCGUAUGAAGAAUAGCUGCAUCGUUUGUAACAUGGGACAUUCCAACACCGAGAUUGAUGUGGCCAGCCUGCGGACCCCAGAACUGACCUGGGAGAGAGUAAGAUCCCAAGUUGACCAUGUGAUAUGGCCUGAUGGCAAGAGGAUAGUACUGCUGGCAGAGGGCCGUCUGCUGAAUCUCAGCUGCUCCACAGUGCCUACCUUUGUGCUCUCAAUCACCGCUACCACUCAGGCUCUCGCCUUGAUAGAACUUUACAACGCUCCUGAGGGUCGCUAUAAGCAAGAUGUGUACCUGCUGCCCAAGAAGAUGGAUGAGUAUGUGGCAAGCCUACACCUGCCCACCUUUGAUGCCCACCUGACAGAGCUGACAGACGAGCAAGCCAAGUAUCUGGGACUCAACAAGAAUGGACCCUUCAAGCCUAAUUACUACAGGUAUUAAGUUCCUGCAAUGCAAGCCAGCAGACAUGUUAAGGAAUAGAACCAAGCCUUUUCUCCACUACUAUCCAAGGAAGAACCCAGCAAGCUGCUUCUCCAAUCAGAGCUGCCCGCCGUGCUCAUCCUAUGUGUUAGGUUAUUUAUUUAUUAAACUCUAAAGUCCUGUGCCUGUAGCCUUG